GUGGCAGACACUGGCACCCAAUGCUUUUGCUUCCUGGUUCCUCUUAGGGCAGCCGUCUGGGAAAAGUCCUUCUCUCUUACCGCGUGCAUUUACACACUCAAGGGUUUAAGUGAGACUCCCAGGCGAUUUCUUGCUAUUCUUUCCCUCUCCCCCAGCACCACUGGUGCCCCAGGGGUCAGCUGCUCUGCUCUUAGCUUGGCCAGAACUGCUGACCUAAGCAGGAGCGGGCUGGGAUGGAGAGGGUGGGAUGGAGAUCACCCAGAGUGACCCUCAGGCUGCUGAUGCAACCAGUCCCCUGCUAUAGGCCGGGGAGAAAGUCCUGAGUCAGUGCUUCCCAUGUGGGAGGAGGGUGUCUUUGCUGGAGCCCUGGAACAGGUCCCAGUGAGACAUGUCUGCCUUGGGACAUAUUGCAGGGGUGAGAGAUGUGCCAUCAUAGAUGUCCUGAGAUGGCAGGAGCUCUCCAGCCCAGAGAUGGACUUUGCUAUUUCAUCCCGAGAAGGAGGUCAUACUGAUAUCCAGGAAUUCCUCUUGCUAGAACAAUUUCUCCACUUCGAUAAUGAAUGGGGCCAAGUCUAUUGAUUUGAAUCAGGGGAGGCAGUGGCAUCCUUGCUGUGAGGAGCCAUGGGUCCUGUGCUCUUGCUUGCAGCCUUAAAGUUCUGGAAGUCCCAGGGUGCAGCAGGCAACCCGGCUGGGGUUAUCUGCCGCUGUUGACCAAGUUAAGAAGCGAAAGGUCGGCAAUCAAUUAUGGAGAUAGAAGAUCCCUUUCCUGGUGCUAUCGAGGUCCAGUGCUCACAGUCUGAUGUUAUCAGGCAUUCGUCAUUGUCCUGAGUUGUAAAUAAACCCAUUGCACAACCUGCAGCCGGGAAUUGACAGCCCGUAGCCCAGAAGUAGCUGGGCUUUUGGAGGUGUUUGCCUAUGACCUUUUCUCUCACCACACCCUGGGGCUCUUGGGAGGAGCUGAGGUCUGAGCUGCAGUGCCAGGAUGCUGCCUCUGUCAGUGCAGGCGUUCUGCUGCCUUCCUGGGUCCCGUCAGCCUUCUUGCUCAACCACUGGGUGCACAGGAUGGAAACUGCUCUCCCCUGUCUGGAAGACCGCGCGUGGCUUGAGUUCAUAGCGUUGUGGUUGGAGACGGAGACGGCCGCCGCUUUCUCAGGCUUUCUGUAGCCAGUCUGUGUCGGAGGAAAGCGCAGCCCUCCAUGCCUUAUGCGCCCCAGAAGAUGGACAGACAAGCGGUAGCCAGGCUACUCGGGCGCUUCGGACAGUGGCUGCCUCGACACGGAGCAGGAUCUCCCCAGGACCAUCUAGGGGAAGGAGUAAAGGAACCAGAAAGGACCCAGGAGCACUGUCUACCCAACUUUGCUGGAGGGCAGCACUUCUUUGAAUACCUCCUCGUGGUUUCCCUCAAAAAAAAGCACUCGGGGCCAGAUUACGAGCCCACAAUCACCUACCAGUUUCCCAAGCGGGAGAACUUGCUUCGGGGCCAGCAGGAGGAGGAGGAGCGGCUGCUGGGAGCCAUCCCCUUGUUCUGCUUCCCAGACGGCAAUGAGUGGGCCCCCCUCACUGAGUAUCCCAGGGAGACCUUCUCGUUUGUUCUGACCAAUGUGGAUGGGAGCAGGAAGAUCGGAUACUGCAGACGCCUCUUGCCCGCCGGCCGCGGCCCUCGCCUCCCGGAGGUGUACUGCAUCAUCAGCUGCAUUGGCUGCUUCGGCUUGUUCUCCAAGAUCCUGGAUGAAGUGGAGAAGAGGCAUCAGAUCUCCGUGGCCGUCAUCUACCCAUUCAUGCAGGGCCUCCGAGAGGCAGCCUUCCCGGCUCCUGGGAAGACUGUCACCCUCAAGAGCUUCAUCCCCGACUCGGGCACGGAGUUUAUCUCACUGACGCGGCCCCUGGACUCCCACCUAGAGCAUGUGGAUUUCAGUUCUCUAUUGCACUGUCUCAGUUUUGAGCAGAUCCUUCAAAUCUUUGCCUCUGCAGUGCUGGAGAGAAGAAUCAUCUUCCUGGCAGAAGGUCUCAGCACCCUGUCUCAGUGCAUCCAUGCUGCUGCCGCGCUGCUCUACCCCUUCAGCUGGGCCCACACCUACAUCCCCGUCGUCCCCGAGAGCCUUCUGGACACUGUCUGCUGCCCCACUCCCUUCAUGGUUGGAGUACAAAUGCGCUUCCGGGAGAAGGUUAUGGAGAGCCCCAUGGAAGAGGUCCUGUUGGUGGAUCUUUGUGAAGGAACCUUCUUAAUGUCAGUUGGUGAUGAAAAGCACAUCCUACCACCCAAGCUUCAGGAUGACAUCUUAGACUCUCUUGGCCAUAAGAUCAAGGAGUUACAGACUUCAGAACAAAUCAACGAGCACGUUUCAGGACCUUUUGUGCAGUUCUUUGUCAAGACUGUGGGCCACUAUGCUUCCUACAUCAAGCGGGAGGCAAAUGGGCAAGGCCACUUCCAAGAACGGGCCUUCUACAAGGCCCUGCCCUCCAAGGCCAACCGUCGAUUUGUGAAGAAGUUUGUGAAGACACAGCUCUUUUCCCUUUUCAUCCAGGAAGCUGAGAAGAGCAAGAACCCACCUGCAGGCUAUUUCCAGAAGAAAAUACUUGAAUAUGAGGAACAGAAGAAACAGAAGAAAUCAAAGGAAAAGACUGUGAAAUAAGAGCUGUGGAGAAGAGGAGUGACUAGACCUCCGGGCCAGUUGUGGACUUUGGGCCCUGCCAUGAUGGUAGGCUCAGUGAAGCUCUCAGCCCCCAGAAUUCACAGCCUUCUUCCAAGUCCUGGUAACCAGGUCUUGCUUCAAGUGGGUGUCUUUUGAGUUCUAGAUGCCUGGAAUCAGCUUUCUUAGGACUCUAGAAGGCUCCGACCUCUGUGCUCACAGAGCUGGGCGCAAAGCUGCCUUUUCUGCAGAGGUGACAGAGGGCAGGAAACAGCAGUAGAGGUGCUAUAGUCUUAGAAGUUGCUGUAACCGCCCUCUUCCAGGAACCACUAUUACAAGAUCCUCCACAGAGAAAGCUCAGUUUCUCCACAUAAAAAAAAAGACGUCUAUGGACAUGUGAGGAUAAGAAUAAAGAUGAAAAUCUUUUUGUCCUUUAAAUGUGUUAUCUCUAGCUUCCGCUAGGGAGAGAGGACCAGACAAACAAGGCAAUAGAUGUGAGAAUAAACUGGACUAGAAGUGGAAGACCUGGUAAUAGUGCCCAGAACUCUGGGGCUGUGUGCGGAGUGCAGAACUGUAGAGGUCAGCAGACCUUCUCACCAGAAGGAUAAGGGAUACCGGUAAAAGCAGCAACAGCACUGGGGGCAUGGCAGCAGCUCUUGGUUCUAGUCAGGUGUGCUUUCCAGAAUCCUGGGAGAAAAGUGAAACAUUUGCAGUCUAAGGUAACUUGAGGGUAAGCAUUUCGGUUGACAGAAGCCAGUGAAGAACACUUCCAGAAAUAGGUCUGUCUGUCUAUCAUUUCCAGUUUGGAGCUUUCUCCAUUAGACAUCCUGCUUCCUACUUCACUAUCCUGAGAAGCCCAGUUCAGCUCUUUUGCUCAAGGUAGAGGGAUCCCCACAUUGACAUGUUUUCCUUUGGAGAGAAGAGAGUCAUAAUCUGAAACAGCCGAAGGAAUUUAGUGUCACCUGGUCCAUAUUCCCUCUAUACCUCUACUGGCAGCUUCUGUUUAAACACUGUGAAGGGAAGGGAAACUUAUAGAAGCAUCUUAUCUUUUACAAAUUCCAUCUUUUUAAUGGGUGUAUACGAGUAUGGUCCUCAGAGGCCCCUGAAUUCUGUACAAAGAGCACAAAUGUUGUUAGAGGGUGGGACUGGGGACUGGGGCUAGCAAAUUGAAGUUAAAGCCAACAUCAUUUUAUUUGAGGGGUACAGAGACCUACUGCAGGUGGCAGAUGUUCCACCAUCCGCAUGCCACCCCUAACUACGCUGCUACUCUUCACAGCUUCGAAGUUACUGCACCUUUUAAAGUCAUUUAUGGCAGUGAUUCCUAAGCCUAAUUGUGCCUCACUUGGUUACAAGGACUAGAAUCCUAGGGAGCUUAUGAACAUAUGAGGCCCCAUAUCACACCUACUGAAUCAUCUCUAGAGACAGGACAUGGAAACCUGUAUUUUUUAAACUUCUUCAGAUGAUUCUGACACCUAAUGAGAUAUAAGAUCCUAAGGAGAUUCAGGACCAACUGCAGUUUACUAUAAAUGUACCCUUAAUCUGAUGCUGAUGGUGUCUGGAGUUGAAGGAACCACACACCAAAAACCUGAACGUCUUCCCUUUAUGCUGAGAAAGAUUCUAGCGUCUCAAAUUGUAGUUUCAGCCCACCAUAGAUAGCUUCCAGCACAGCUCCUACGGUGCAGGAGAGAACACCUGACCACAAUUCAGAAGUUCUGGAUUCUAGCUCCCGUUCGGAAAAGGAGCAAUUGUUGUGACAUUGCUGUGCCAUCUAGCCUCUCCAGACGUCAAUGUCCGCUGUAGGUAAUUAACAUCUGCUAUGUCUACCUAACAAGACAGUGAUGCAAAACUCUGCCAAACAAGUUAAUUAUUCUUCCUUCUUUUUCCUCUGUACUAACCUACAAAAUUUGAUCUGCUCUAGCAUUUUCCUAUAUGCACCUCUCUACCCCAGAUGCCUGAGGAGUUGUUUCGGAGCAAAGGUAGUGAGAAAUUUCCCUUUCCUGCUACCUUCUAGCAAAGAAACAGAAGGUUUCACUGUCACUGCUAACCAUGAUUACAUGGAACUGAUGGAACUAUUAAAAGUGCAAGAAAGAGUUCUGGCUAUUAGGCAAGGCAGCUCUGCUGUUUAUCCAUGAUUAUGGAAACAAGGUGUAAAUAAAACUCAAUAAAAAAGACACCUCGUUUUAGUCAAUAAUUGAAA